UCAAAUGUCACUUUACUAACCAAGCUUUCCGCAUUCCCCCAAUCUGCCGCCGCCGCCGCCAAGUCCCAAUUUCAAGUUUCCCGGAUAAAUUGAUAAACCCUCAGAAUGACCUUUUCCCGGCGGCUUUCUACUAGCAUAGUCUGAGCACAAGCUAGAACAUCACAAGAUGUUCCGACGGAUGGCUUAUGGAACUUACUCUUCAGUUUUCAGUGAUAACUAGUCGUCGGAACUCUGUUUGCUGAUAAAGAGAAGGAAGACUGCAAAUGCUGAGGUCUCUCUCUUUGAUUCAUCAUCUUCCUACUGCCUUUUCUUCUGCCAGGAGAAUCUGCUUGGCUAAAAUGAGCUCAACCCCAAUGCCGAUGUGCCCUAAAUUUAUUCCUGUUGAAGGGCGUGAAGUUUGGUCUAGAAGCAAGGCUGAUGGCUUAAGGUUCAGUGUUGUCUCUUACAACAUCUUGGCUCAGGCCUACGUGAAGAGUUCUCUGUUUCCACACUCUCCAUCUGCUUGCUUGAAGUGGAAGGCUCGUAGCCAGGCAAUCCUAACUGUUUUGAAAAGCUUAGGAGCAGAGUUUCUCUGCUUGCAGGAACUGGAUGAAUAUGAUAGCUUUUACAAGCCAAACAUGGUGAACCAUGGUUAUUCUAGUAUUUAUAUUCAAAGGACUGGCAUUAAGCGUGACGGUUGUGGAAUCUUCUACAAACUUGACUGUGCAGAGUUGCUCUUAGAGGAGAGGGUGGAAUACAAUGAUCUUGUAAACUCAGUUCCAGAUGGAGCCAGUUCACACGGCGAUACACAGAAAAGUCAACAUGCUAACAAUGUUAUGUUGAUUGAGCUAAACGAGUUUGUGGUUUUGGUGCCAAGGGAUCCAGAAUGGGCUGAUGUGAAGCUCGCACAAGCAAAGUAUCUUCUCUCCCGGCUGGCAAAGUUCAAGAUGCUGGUUUCUGAGAAGUUUGAUUGUGCACCUGAAGUAAUCCUUGCUGGUGACUUCAACUCAAUCCCUGGGGACAAGGUUUACCGGUACCUCGUCUCUGGUGAUGCUUUGACCUCACCUACGGUGGAAUGUCUGGAUGAGCUACCCAUUCCCUUGCGCAGUGUCUACUCGGAGACCAGGGGCGGAGAACCUCCAUUCACAAACUGCACUCCUAGCUUCACGAACACGCUCGACUACAUAUUCUUUUCACCUGGCGAUCAGAUGAAACCAGUCAGCUUUCUCAAACUUCCUGAAGCAGAUGAUGAUGCUGAUGUUGUUGGUGGACUGCCAAACGAUUACCACCCGAUUCGAAGCAUGUCGCGGAGAUUUAAGCGGAAGGAGGAGGAUGAGGGCCCGUCUGAGGACGGCCAUGGUGCUCCUCCGAAGAAAGCUCCGAGGACUGAUUCCUCCGAUGAUUCUGACGAGAUCGUUGUCUGCGAUAUAUCUCACAAUAGGAGAGUGAAAGUGAGGAACUGGCAAGGAAAGGUUUGGGUUGACAUUCGUGAGUUCUAUGUGAAGGAUGGGAAACAGCUCCCUGGCAAAAAAGGCAUAUCAUUGAGUGUGGAUCAGUGGAAGAUGCUCAAGGAUCAUGCAGAAGAGAUCGACAAGGCACUUGCUGAAUCUUAGGAGCAUAUGGAACUAGCUGUUGUAAAUAGUGCUAGUCUGAGAGGGUGGUCGUGCUGUGCUCUUGGAAGUGACCUGAACUAUGACUUAAGCUCGAUUGAAGCUGAAAUGUGGAGGCUAUUUGUGGGAAUGACUGGGAAUGAAUAAUCCAUUCGUACUUUCCUGUCAUCAAAUCUUUUUGUGUAUUGCAGAACUUCCAUCGUUUACUGAAGCCAGGGCAUUGGCACGCGACUCUGUUGAAUUGUUAUGACAUACCUCCCGGAAAUCUGUAAUCUCAUUGUGGACUUGAAUUUGGCUCAUGCUUUGUAUUUUGAAUCCUGCAGUUAGGCCAGUCAUGUGAAUCUCUGCUGCAUACUUUCAUGUUCAAGUUCUGGAUCCUCUAACCAUUCGUUUAAUCAUUGAUGGUGGUUUGGAGCAGGUGUAUAUUGCAGUU